UCUGCUGCAGCGGAGAAACAUGACAUGGGGAUGAGCGAGGGAGAGGGAGAGAGUGAGGCAGCCUGAGAGGAAUACACGGCUCGUCUGAGGUCUGGACCGACAACGUUACGAUGGGGAGCAAUGACUGAAAACAGCACGGGUUUUCUGCAUCCCCGGUGUCUUCCUCUCCUCUGCUGCCUCUGAAGCCAUGGACUAGAGCUGCGCCUGGUUCUGACAGUCCCGCGGUCAUCAGAUGGCUUCUCAACAUCCCUCAGCAAAAAUAGAGAACAUGAGAACGUGAAGGCUGGCGUCCACCAAGGCCACCGCUGCACCUUGGGCAGCACACACACAUGAUCACAUGACUCUGGACAUGGACGCGGUCCUGUCAGACUUUGUUCGGUCCACAGGGGCAGAACCAGGUCUGGCAAGAGACCUGCUGGAAGGUAAAAACUGGGACCUCAGUGCUGCUCUGAAUGACUAUGAGGAGCUCAGGCAGGUCCACACUGCCAACCUGCCGCAGGUCUUUAACGAGGGCCGCUACUACAAGCAGCCAGAGGCACGUGACACGCCCACCCAUGUCAGCAAGAUCGACAGGCCGUGUGCACAGAAGCAGGAGGACAAUGCACAAGAGAAGCGUCUGUCCCGCGGUAUCUCCCAUGCCAGCUCUGCCAUCGUCUCCCUGGCACGGCUGCAGGUGGCCAGCGAGUGUACCAGCGAGCAGUUCCCUCUCGAGAUGCCAAUUUACACAUUCCAGCUACCAGACCUCAGCGUCUACAGCGAGGACUUCAGGAGCUUCAUAGAAAGAGAUCUGAUAGAGCAGUCCACCAUGAUGGCUCUGGAGCAGGCCGGUCGUCUGAACUGGUGGUCCACCAUGUGCACCAGCUGUAAGAAGCUGCUCCCUCUGGCCACCACAGGAGAUGGAAAUUGCCUUCUGCAUGCUGCUUCUCUGGGGAUGUGGGGCUUCCAUGACAGAGACCUGAUGCUGAGGAAAUCCCUGUACACCAUGAUGAAGAGCGGAGCGGAGAGAGACGCCCUGAAGCGGAGGUGGAGGUGGCAGCAAACCCAACAGAACAAGGAGUCGGGCCUGGUGUACACGGAGGAGGAGUGGGAGAGGGAGUGGAACGAGCUGCUCAAGUUGGCGUCCAGUGAGCCUCGAACUCACCUCAGCAAGAACGGGAACACCAGCGGAGGGGUGGACAACUCGGAGGAUCCGGUCUAUGAGAGUCUGGAGGAGUUCCAUGUGUUUGUGCUGGCCCACGUGCUGCGCAGGCCGAUCGUCGUGGUGGCGGACACGAUGCUCAGAGACUCAGGGGGAGAAGCGUUCGCCCCCAUCCCGUUUGGCGGACUCUACCUGCCGCUGGAGGUUCCCCCGAGCCGCUGCCACUGCUCCCCGCUGGUCCUGGCCUACGAUCAAGCCCACUUCUCUGCCCUGGUGUCCAUGGAGCAGAGAGACCAGCAGCGAGAGCAAGCUGUUAUCCCCCUGACCGACUCGGAGCACAAGCUGCUGGCGCUCCAUUUUGCCGUGGAUCCUGGCAGGGACUGGGAGUGGGGGAGGGACGACAACGAUAAUACCAAGCUCGCCAAUCUCAUCUUGUCUCUGGAGGCCAAACUCAACCUGCUGCACAACUACAUGAAUGUAACAUGGAUCCGAAUUCCAUCUGAAACAAGGGCUCCCCUGGCUCAGCCAGAGUCUCCCACCGCCUCUGCUGGAGAGGACGUCCAGUCUCUGGCCGAGUCCAUGGACUCUGACCGCGAGUCUGUCGGCAGCAACUCCAACGUGAACACCGGCAAGACCAGCAAGGAGAAAGACAAAGACAAGCAGCGCAAAGACAAGGACAAGAGCAGGGCUGAUUCUGUAGCCAACAAACUGGGUAGCUUCAGCAAAACCCUGGGAAUCAAGCUGAAGAAGAACAUGGGAGGGCUGGGCGGCCUCGUGCACGGUAAAAUGAACAAAUCUAACUCUGGCUCAGGUCGAAACGGGGAGAACGGAGGGGAGAAAACCAAGAAGAAGGAGUCCAAGACCACCAAGGGAGGGAAAGAGGAGUCGGGACAGUCCACCAGCUCCACUUCAUCCGAGAAGGCCACGAGUCCGUCCCCGACGGACCGACCCUCCAGCUCCUCCCCCACCGAGAGACUGGACAGCGCAGGGAGGGUCUCAGGGGACAAGAGUCUGGAGAACUGGAAGUACAGCACUGAUGUCAAGCUCAGCCUCAACAUCCUGCGGGCCGCCAUGCAGGGCGAGCGCAAGUUCAUCUUCGCGGGGCUCCUGCUCACCAGCCACCGGCACCAGUUCCACGAGGAGAUGAUCAGCUACUACCUGACCAACGCCCAGGAGCGCUUCAGCCAGGAGCAGGAGCAGAAGAGGAAGGAGGCGGAGAAGAAGCCGCCCGCCCCCGCCGAGGCGGCGGCGGCGGCAGCGCCCAAGAAGCCCGAGCACGAGAGUGUCUUCCAGAGGGAGCGGUCCGACAGCUCGCCCCCGGAGAGCUGCUCCCCCGUCCUGCCCCACCACGCCCACUCCUUCAGCGGCCCGCAGCCGCCGCUGGCUCUCAAGAUGCAGGGCAGGAACAGCCCCACCCCCGCCGCCGCCGCCGCCGCCCUCGCCCCCGCCCCCGCCGCCCCGCUCACGCCGCCGACGGCCCCCCACCACGCCUCGCACCCGGCCCCGCCCCCCGCGCCUUACUCCUCCCCCAGCAUCGGUGCUAAGAGACCCGGGCCCGUCCCCGUGUCGGCCCACUACAGCCAUACUCCGCCCAUCCAGCGGCACAGCGUGAUCCACCUACAAGAUGUCAACAUGCAAUCCUCCAUCUUCCAGGACGACCCCUACAAGCCCGUGGUGGGCACGCUCAAGACGUGCGCCACCUACCCCCAGCAGAACCGCACGCUCUCGUCCCAGAGCUACAGCCCCGCCCGCCUGUCGGGGGUCCGCACCGUCAACACCAUAGAGGCCCUGUCCUACAACAUGCCCGGGGAACACAAGUCCCACACCUACACCAACGGCUUCGACGCGGGAGACAUUCAGGACUGCCUGGAGUUCGCCGACGAGGACAACUCGUCCCACACCUGGCUCAACCAAGACAAAACCAAAGGGCGGAGCUCUGGAAGCCCUUUGUACUGCUUUCAGCAGCGCCGCUGCAAGAGGGAGAACUGCUCCUUCUACGGCCGGCCGGAGACCGACAACUACUGCUCCUACUGCUACCGGGAGGAGCUGAAGCGCAGGGAGAGGGAGAGCAAGCUGCAGAGGCCGGUAUAGCCAUCGCCGCCGCUUCAGCCGCCAGUCGGCCAGUCGGGCAGCAGGAGGCCGGAGGGAACGACACCAUCUGCACUCUGCGUUCAGAAUGACAUGACGGCAAACAUUUUUCCUAUUUUUUGAAGAAUGCUCGUGUGUUCCUGUCGCCCCCCCCUCCCUCGUUAGUGAAGAUGAUUCCUUUAUGACGGGGAAAGCAGAACUUGAAACAGUGAGCAGCUUUGGCCAGAUAUUGUUAUUAUUAUUUUGUUUUGUUUGACUUCUGUCUCAUUGAAUUUUAGUCUUUUACUUGUUUUAGAGUAAAAGUCAUCUCUCCGUGAUGUAACUUUCUGUAUGUGAAGGAAAGUUGUUUAUUUUUCAAAGUACAAAAGACUCGCGUCUCGUCAGGAAGGAACAUUUUAGCUCUUUUAAUCCAUCUGAAUGCAAUACCUCUGCUCGGUUCUUCAAAAUCUCUGUUGAAAAUUUGUAGUUGUUUUGCAAUCAAAAGAAAUUGAACGGGGGAUUAAUAUUAGACUUUAAAGCAAUAAAUUGGUGAUUUUUUGCUACACCCUCUCCCAAUUUUGUCUAUGCACCAAUAAUAUAGUUACUGUAGGUUAACAGUGUCUUGUAAAUUGUAAGCGAUUGUCACAGUGUGCUUUUGUAAACAAAUUUGAACUACAGGAAUUUAAAUGUGCGAACAUCAUAGAUUGUAACCUUGGAUUAGGAUGAAAUGUAAAACUCUCGUUUGUUUCAGUGCACCUUUGUUCUUACAAGGGUCUGCUGUGUCAGAAUCGGACUUUAAAUAUUGUGUACGAUUCACGUUUUUUGCCCGUAGUCGACCUUCUAAAAGUCCACAAGCACUGCCAAACUGGCUUCUU